AUGGUUAGUAAUCAUUACAAACUUAUUUUGGAUAAUUAUUUAUUAGAAAUAUAUGAUACACGUUUUAGACGUUAUAUAAUUCUUAAUGAAGAAUAUUUUAUUAAUCUACAAGAUCAUUUAUUAAGAACAAAUGUAAAUACAUUAAAUGGACGAAUUAUAAAACGACCAUUACCACCAAAAAAUUCUAUACGAAAUUAUUUAUCAAAUGAUUGUAAACGUAAACGAACUUCAUCAUUUUCACCACAAAAUGAUUAUAUAAUUAUUUGGCUUGAUUCAUAUAUUGAACAAUCAGAUAAUUAUCAUUAUAUUAAACAUAAAUUUACUAUAUUAACAACAUUAAAUAUAUCUCGUAUAAUGUUAGAUUAUGAAAUUUGUAUUGAUGAUUUAAUACAAAUAAAUUCAAAAAGAAAAAAUACAAAAAAAAAAUUUUUAAAUAUAUUUAAUAAUAAAGAUGAAUGUUUAGAAUUUUUUAAACAAAUUGAAUCAAAAAUAAAAAUUUUAUUUAUAAUAUCAAAUUUAUUUAUUAAAGAUAUUAUUCCAAUUAUUAUUCAACGUGUUCAUAUUAUUUAUAUUUUAAUUAAUAAUAAUUUAUUUUCAUAUGAAUGGAUAUAUGAUUAUAAUAAAUCAAAUCUAUUAAUAUUUGAUAAUUAUUUAUGUUUACUUAUUCGUUUAAUACGAGAUCUUGCUAAAAAUUUUAUUGAAAAAGCUGAAUAUACUUCAAAAUUAUCAUUAAUACAUACAAUUACUUUGUUAAAAUGGGCAAAAGAAUUAUAUAAUCGUGCUAAUGAAAUAGAUAAACCAUCAUAUAUUAAUAAUCAAAAUUUCAUUGAUCAUCGUUUACAAAUAUUAGAAUUAAAUUUGACAUAUAAAAAAUCAAAUGAAACUAUUAAUAAUGAACAUGAUGAUAAACUUGCUCUUGAAUGUGAUGAAGGUUGA